AUGUCGGGGCCCUCAUCAGCUGCUACUGUCGUGGAUAGCAAGACAGAGACUACCACCGAGAGCGGACCGAUAUCUGUUCAUGUGCAAGAGACGGACAAGGGCGCGGCCGAAGAUGUCUUCGGCGACGAAGACGAUCACGACAUCCGAUACAAGACCCUCAGCUGGCCGUUUGUGGCCGCCUUCAUGAUCGCAGAGAUUGUCAGCAAUGGCAUGCUCACACUUCCCAAUGCCAUGGCCGUGGUUGGCAUCGUGCCCUCGCUCGUGCUCACGAUAUUCCUUGGCGUAUUUGCGUUGUACACAGCGAAGCUGCUGAUCGACUUCAAGUUAAACCACCCGGAGGUUCACAACAUGGGGGACGCGGGUUUCAUCAUUUUCGGGCCCAUAGGCCGAGAGAUACUAUCCGCCGGCACUGUAAUAUUCGCCAUAUUUGCCGUUGGGUCAGAAAUUCUUUCUGGCCAGCUAGCGCUCUCUACGCUAUCCAACAACGGCCUGUGUGCGAUGGUGUUGCUCGCCAUUUUCUCUGUUGCGACCUUCCUGCUUAGCGUCCCUAGAACGCUGGGGGGCCUGAACUGGCUUGGUCUGUUGAGCGCGCUGUUUAUCACCCUGUGCGGUAUUCUUGCCAUGGUCGGCGCAGGAGCGAACCCGGUGCCCGGCCGUGUAAUCGUUGCGACCGUUCCUACCACCUUCUAUCAAGCUUUUCUUGCUAUCACUGGGCCGGUGUUCGCGUAUGCAGGGCAUUUCAUGUUUUUCAUUCUCAUCUCCGAGAUGCGUAAGCCGGAAGAUGCAAUGAAGGCCGCUUGGGUGCUGCAAGGAUUUUCCACCGUCUUCUACGCUGUUUUUAGCGUGGUUAUCUAUGUGUACCUGGGAAGCACAGUAGCUUCCCCUGCACUACUGUCACUGCCACCGGUCUGGUCAAAAAUCACUUUCGCAAUUGGGAUGGUCAAUUUCCUUAUCUCCGGGGCUCUAUACACUCAUGCCGCGGCAAAGCUCGUCUUCUUCCGAUUUUUCCGGCACUCCCGACAUGUCUACUCGCACACCAUUCUGGGAUGGGCGAUCUGGGUGCUGCUGUGCUUCGCCGCAGUGGCCAUCGCUUUCAUUUUCGCAACGGCCGUGCCGAUCUUCUCAGACAUGACGGGCAUCACGGCGUCGCUCUUCGCAUCGUGGUAUACAUACGGCAUCGCCGGGUUCUUCUGGCUGUAUGACACAUUCUACCUCAAGGGCGGGCUGGACGCGCUCAGGAGGAGGUGGAUCGGCACUUCGCUCGCGGCCGCGACCGUUCUAGCAGGAGCGUUCAUGUGCGUUGCCGGAACCUAUGUGUCCAUCAAGGUGCACCUCCUAGUCUUCUCAACCAGGAUCCUCCGCUGA